CCCAAGGAGUUGGGAAGCCGCUGCGGGCCUGCCGUUGGCAGGGGCCAUCAACACGGAAACCACAAGCCUCACCACUCACUGUUGGCUGUCGUGGAGUCUUCUUGCAUUUCAAAUCCUCAACCUCCUACAUGUCUCUGAUUGAUGGACAGCUGACAGCUGACAAGAUCGGAUCGGACGGACUAGCCCUCGAGCGCAUCUUCGAUCUUGAUCAGAACUAUUUCCAGGUUGGUGGUUUCGGGACACCUCUUCUAUCUCACAAGCGCUAUGAUCCAACCUUGAAAUGCGCCCUCUUACACGCUGCGUAUGUGGCUUGCACUUGUUUAUGUACGGUAGACUUAUAGAUGACAUUGCACAACAUGAUUCAACCAG